AUGUCCUACGAAUCUUCUGUGUCCGAACUCCCUUCCCCACUGAAAGAUCUCCUCGUGAAUUCGCAAGUAGAUGUCGGAAAGACUGAGGCCGACAAGGCUGAAGUAGCUCAGUGGAUCGAGAAGGUUGCGGAAGGAGAGGUCGUAAAGCCAGCCGCUCUUCCAGAUCUCGAGAUCCAACUUGUCCCUCGCACGUACAUUGUGAGCAAUUACCUCACUGCAGCAGAUGUUGCUCUAUAUGGAGCGCUGCACCCAGUAUUUUCGCAACUACAGCCUGCUCAGCUCUACUCUACUCCUGCACUCACGCGUUACUUUGACCACAUUCAAACGCGUCCAUCUGUGGUAGCUGCGGCAAGUGCAUUGUCUCCAGCGUUUUCUUCUGUCUCCUUUGACCUCGCGUCUGCCCCUCCAAUUGAGAGGAAGCCUGAUGCACCGAAGAAGAAAGAGAAGGCUGCGGCUGUGGCGGAGCAGGUUGAAUCAACAGCUGUAGUGACACCAAAAGAGGACAAUUUACCAGAAGAUAAGCCUAAAGAAAAGAAAGAAAAGAAAGAAAAGAAGAAGGACGCGGCCCCUGCGGACAACGGAGGGAAGAAAAAAGAGAAGGCUUCUGGUCCUGCUGGUGGCAAGGCUGUUGCUGAAGAUGCCGGCGAACCGGUACCAUCUAUGAUUGAUAUGCGGAUCGGUCACAUUAUUGACGUGAAAAAGCACCCUGAGGCUGACAGCUUAUACAUCGAGGCAAACCUCGGUGAGGAGACAGGUCCACGGACAGUUGUUUCUGGUCUCGUGAACUACAUACCUAUCGAAGAGAUGCGGGAUAAAUACCUGGUCUGCAUUUGCAACUUGAAACCCGCGAACAUGCGUGGAGUGAAGAGCUUUGCGAUGGUUCUAGCUGCAACAUCAAAAGAUGGGAAGGACGGUGGCGUCGAGCUAAUCCAACCUCCACCAGGGUCAAAGCCAGGUGAACGGGUCUACUUUGAAGGCCCUGAUUACGAAAAUGCUCAGCCACUUUCUCAAAUGAACCCCAAGAAAAAGGUAUUUGAGACAAUUCAGCCAGGAUUCACGACGCUAGAUACGAAGGAGGCAGCGUGGGUCAACCCGGCAACCAAGUCAGUUCACAGGAUCCGUACCAAGGACGGUGUUUGCGUUGCUCCAAACUUUAUUGGAGCAUCCUUAUCAUAG